AUGAGUCAGCUUGCCGACCACGAAGACUCCAAAUCUCGUGUGGAGAUGGUGGAGGCCCUCAGCAAUGCGUCCGACGACAAAAUCAACACGGGCGAUGGGACGAUUAAUCUUUUCCACGAUGGCUCCAUGGUUCUCGUCCCAACACCGAGUGCUGAUCCCAAGGAUCCCCUUAACCUGCCCAUCUGGCACAAGUCCCUGAUCAUUUUCCUCGUCGGGGCGUACAGCGCUAUCGGCGUGCUCGGGACCUCUGGACUAGGUGCCGUGAUGCCCUCCGUCUUCCAGGCCUAUCCAAACGACGACCCUGCCCGGGUCACAGAUCUCGUCACCUACCCAACACUCUUCAUGGGCAUCGGCAACCUCGUCUCCAUGCCUCUUACCCUGACAAUCGGCCGCCGUCCAGUGUUCCUGUUCUCUCUCAUCCUCCUCGUCGUCACUGGUAUCUGGUGCGCCUUCUCUACCAGUCUCUCCAGUCAUAUUGCUGGCCGGAACUUUUUCAGCAUGGCGGCAGGUCAGAGCGAGGCCCUGGCCCCCUUUAUCGUCGAAGAGAUUCAUUUUCUGCACGAGCGCAGCAGCAAGCUGUCGUGGUUUAUCGGGGUCCAGACGGUCGGUACGGCAGCCAUGUUUGUCAUGACAGCCUACGUCGUGCCCCCCCUAGGCCUGAAGUGGUGGUAUCUGAUCCUGACCUUCCUCAGCCUCGGUACGCUCAUACUCUCCAUCUUCUUCGUUGUGGAGACAAUGUACGACCGCAACGUGGUGGAGGAAGAUGGCCCAUCGUCGGAAUGCAAGCCUGCGGCCGGCGAGAGGCGCACCCUACGACCAGACAUCUUUGGGGAGCGUACCCUGCGCCAUGAUCUCAAGGUCUUCCAUCACAAACCAGUCUGGUCUCGCAUGGUCGAUUUCUACAUUGACACGGCCAAAGGUUUUUUCAUCCCCACCAUCUUUUGGAUCUUGCUCUUCAAUGGUGCAUUCUUGGGCGUCUACAUCUACCAGGCGUCUACAUUUGCCACAAUUCUCACCAUGCCCCCCUACAACUUCGCUUUUGACUUGCUAGGAUGGGUCCAGAUCUUCCAGAUUGCCGUGGUCAUGGUGCUCAUUCCGGGUCUCGGCUACGGCACAGACCUCAUCACCAAGUACUUGAGCAGGAAGCAAGGCGGCGUCUUCAAGCCCGAGUUCCGACUCAUCUCUCUCAUCAUCCCAACGGUCAUGACGGUGCUGGGAUGCGUCAUCUACGGUCAAACGGGCGCCCACCCUACAGAGUACCACUGGAUGGGUAUCGCCGCCCCAUUCCACAUGUGCUAUCUCGGCUUUCUGACUGGCAAUCUGAUUGGCAUUACGUACGCCAUCGAUGCAUUCCCUGAAAAGGCCGGUGCUCGUCUUAUGGUCAUCUGUGUCGGUCGAGGCUUCAUCUCCUUUGGGCUGAGCUACUCUACCGUCCCAGCAAUUGAGGCCACCGGCUACGAUGGUGCCAUGAACAUCCUUGCCGGAAUCGUGGGCGGUCUCAUGCUCCUUGGUAUUCCUAUGUACAUUCUUGGUCCCCGUAUCCGCAAGUGGUCUGUCAAGACGUUGUGGCCAGCUCUUGCUGAGAAGAACUGA